AUGCCCGAACAUCUGUCUGUGCGGUGUCACGAAGCCAGCACUGCCACUGGACCUGGAAACAGUGCGGAGUCAACACCUGAUGCCACGCUCGAAGAUGUGUGUGUGCGGCGCCACGCUUGUUCCGGCGAUCACAACUAUUCAGCUGUAUCGCCACGACAGCACAGGGAUCUUCUGCGUACCACUAGGCGGAAGCUGCAGAGAGCGAGAAAAUUGCUUAAGCAGGCAAAAAAGAAGGUCAACAGAAAGACGGCCAGGAUAAAGAAGUUGAACGUCCUUCUCCGAGAACUGAGAAGGAGGCUUCCUGGCUCAGCAGUCAACAUUGUUGACAACAUCUUCACAGACACGAUGCGCAACCUUGUCCUGAGGAGAUCCAGGAAACCAAACAACAUGUACGCAGAGUAUGUGCGCAAGUUUGCCCUCACGGUGCACUUUUACUCGGCAAAAGCAUACAAGUUUCUGCGGAAGCACGUCAGGCUGCCACACCCGAGUGCUCCUCGCAAAUGGGCAGCGGUGAUCGAUGGAAACCCAGGCUUCACCAUGGAGUCAUUCAACAGAGUAACACAAGAAGUCCAGAAGGGACGACUUCUAGUCAGCUUGAUGGUUGACGAGAUGAGCAUCAAGAAACAAGUCGAUUGGGAUGGCAAAGAGGUCAUCGGGUACUGUGACCUGGGCCACGGCAUCCUAAACAACGACUGCGUCGCCUAUGCCAAGCAUGCACUUGUGUUUCUGGCGGUCGAGUCAACAAAAGCUGCAAAAUCCCAUUGGGCUAUGCCCUCAUCGACGGCCUGGACGGAAACAUUCGGGCCAACCUUGAGGGUGUAUGGACUCUUGGAUGCCUGCCACAUGCUCAAACUAAUGCGCAACCUGCUCGCCGAGAAGCAAUGCAUCAGGAAUGGGGCAGGUAGGGUCGUCGCCUGGAAAUAUCUCGAGGCCCUGGACAGCCUGCAGCAACAAGAGGGCCGUCAUGCUGCCAACAAGCUGCGCAAGAAACACAUUGAUUUCCAGCGCCAAAAAUUGAAGGUCUCCCUGGCGGCCCAAACACUGAGUCGGUCAGUGAGCUGUGCCUUGUUGUUUUGCAAGGAGAAGGGCAUCCGAGGCUUCGAGGGUGUGGAGGCCACCGCAGAGUUUGCAGCAGCAGUCGACAACAUCCUCGACCUCAGCAACUCCUGUCACCCCCUUGGACGUGGAAGCAAGGCCCCCAUUCGAGCCGUCAACAAGGACGCCAUGCUGAAACGAAUUGACCAGGCUUGA